AUGAACUCCUGUACACUGUCUCAGGUAAACUCAGUCACAGUGUCCCUCUUGAGUCCGGCGUCCAUUACCGGGCACACUCGCUAUAUAGAGAUGCUGUUGGAAGUUGACUAUAUGCUGUGGGUCUAUAAUAUCAUUGCCAGCGUUGCAUACUGGGUGCUCCUUGCGGGAUAUCUAGUAAUUCCUGGAAUAUUCAUUUUCUUGCAGAAGUCGGAAAAACUCGAGCAGGCUCUUAUUAGUAAUGGUAAUCUGCUUUUUCUUGUGAUUGCCUGUGUGUUCUUUGCAGUAGGAACUAUGCUUCUGAUAUGGCUUUGCUGGACAUGGCGCAGCAAUUACAUUUGGCUUGUCGGUCGGCUAUUUACUUGGUCUAUCAUGGCUCUGGUCACUACAGUGAUGGUCGGAAGUGCUUUUUUAAUUUCAUUAUUACUGACAGUUCUGUAUAAAUACAUCUUGUUAAAGAAGGUCGAGGAGGAGCAUAAAAUGGAAAUGUGUACUAGAAUACUUAUGUUAAUUGAUAAUUAUUCUUGA